UUGUCUAAUAAUGAAAAGUUAAUACUUGAAUUGGAUGAAAUUAAAAUUCAAAAUAAUGAGAUCAUGUUAGAAAAUAAGAAUUUACAUGAAGAAGUCGAUCGUUUACGUGAAAAUGGUGACGAACUUGCUACUGAUAUUAGUAAAUUACAAAAUGAAUUAUCAUUUUACCUAAAACAACAUGAUGAAAAUACUACUUUGAAUCAGAUUCAAAAGGAUGAUUUAACAAACAAUAAUAAUACCUUAUCUUCUCAAUUGGAACAAUUACAAAUUAAAUUGGAUAGCAUUACUCAACAUCGUGAUGAAAUAUUAAAUAAAAAUGAUACUCUAACAUCUCAACUAGGACGAGUUCAAGAUGAAUUAAAUCAAGUGAUAAAUCAACAAAAGGAUAAAGAUAAUUCUUUAAUCAGUGACCUAACAAAAGAAUUAAAUCAAAUGAAAGAACAAUGUCGUACGCUAAAUGAACAACAUAAAGAAUUACAGCGUCAAAAUCAUGACAUUGCAUCUGAACAAAAACGUUUGCAGACUGAGAAUGAACGGUUACAAACCGAACUUGAACGCAUGAAAGUAGAUUCUAAUAAUAUUGUUCAUCAACGUGAUGAGUUUAAACUUCAAAACGAAUCGAUAAUAUCAGAAAUUACAGUGUUAAAACAACAAUUGGAAGCCGUAUCACAUAAUAAAGAAAUGUCAGUAACUGAAGCAAAUACUUCACAACAGACCAAUGAAGAAUUUGAUACUGUUCGUCAGAAAAGAGAUGAAUUAUCUACAGAAAAUGUGGCAUUACAAGCGGAAGUGGGUCGUCUUCGUGAUUUAUUAGAUAAUCUCAUUGUAGAACUUGAACGAUCACGAAAGGGAUCGAAUGAUCUAAUGCAACAACGGGAUGGAUUUAAAUCUUUAAAUGAAGCUCUUAUGUCAGAACUUUCAAGAAUAAAACACGAAUUGGAUAUUGAAGUUCGUGAAAAUUAUUCACCUACUGCUGAAAAUAUUAACCCUCACAUUCCAUCCGCUCGAAGUUCAACUUACCCUGUUUCCGCACCGCUCACACAAUCACAGCAGUCACAUUUACAAAACUAUUAUUCCCCGUCCGUGGCUACACAAAGAAACCUACCACAGCAAUUAAUUACACCACAGCCACUUGCAAAUACACCAAAUGGAACUUCAGAAUAUGUGAAUGAAUCUUCUGAAGAUCCCAAAGUUUACAAAUCACCGCAAAUGUCGUCAACUGUCUCGUUACCCGCAUCACCUUCUCAAAUAUCUGUAGCUAGUAACCGUACUUUCACAAAUGGAUAUUCAGAAAAAAAUAUUAGAAGAGCUAGCAUGUAUAAUCCAUCAAAACCACUACCUAGCUUGCCAACAAAUGGACAAGGUCAACGACCAAAAAGUUUUGCUUUCAGCCUCUCAAAUAGAAAAUCAUUAAUAUUACCAGAUAAGACAGAUAAAAUCACGUCUUCACAAUCAAAAAUUCCAAAACAAAUACCUAUGUGUCAGCAAUGUUUAAAGAAACAUUGUAAAAAGAAGUUCCCUAAAGGAUAUUCAAAAUUUUGUUCAAGUACAUGUAAAAGCGCUGCACAGAAAG